AUGCAUAGUUCACAAGGCAACCGAAAAAAGCCGUCUGUCGGCAUUGCAACUGCGACCUACGCAGCCGUGGCCAGCGCUGGCUUCGCAAAACCACCCGGCUGGGUCCAGGCCCCUAAAAAGAAAAGUUGUAAGGCGGUAAACAACAACAAAUCGAAAUCACCGUCUACAGUGUCACAACUAAAGUCUGUGCUAAACAAGGUAACACGACUUGAGAAAUUGCUAGCCGAGAAACCGGCCGUACCGAAAACGGUGAAGCCAAGCGAUAGCAAGUCACCACGGGGACGGCUAUGCAACGUCAUGAUUUUCCACGCACCUGAGUCGACUGAUCCCAGUCCCCAGUCUCUAACCGAUAAACUACUGGAUGUUGGCGAACCCGGGUUACGAGUGAAACAAGUCACUCGUCUGGGGAAACAAGUUGAUGGCAAGUGUCGGCCUCUGCGCAUCGCGUUCGCCGACGAAACUGCCCCAAGUUGCCCGGAUACCCCGAAUCCGGGUAAACAGAGCAAUGACGCUUCAAGCUCGCCCAGCGGUUCCUACCGCGGAUUGCGUGUAGCGUUCAUUAAUGUAUGCAGCUUAAUGAACAAGCACGAUGAUCUGAUCCGCUUCAUUGCUUUACGUCGGCCAGAUGUGGUUGGUUUGGCUGAGACGUGGUUGACAUCUGAAGUGACAAGCGAUGAAAUUGCGAUCACGGACUAUUCGUGCUUCCGCUGUGAUCGACAGUCGAAUAGCCGCGGUGGCGUCCUACUUUACCUCCGGUCUACCCUGUGCGGGAGACUCGUGAGCACCUACCGAAGCAUUGACGGUCUAUGUGAGCACCUGUGGUGUUCGAUCCACCUACGACGCGGCGAACUGCUUGUGGGUGUGGCAUAUCGUAGCCCACUGAGUAACGGAUUGGAUUGGCUCACACACGUCCAAAACCAAAUGAGUCGCCCGCAGUUCCUGCUCACUGGCGACUUUAACCUUCCUCGAAUCUUAUGGCCUGAAGUUCAGCUUCUCCCUGGCCAUAAUGAAGUGGAGACAAGAUUCUCCGAACUGGUACUGGAAACCGGAACGGUGCAGCACAUCACGCAACCCACCCGCAUAACCCCGCGCUCAAUGCCAUCAUGCCUGGACCUGCUGCUAACCAGCUGCGAACAAACAGUGCAUGACAUAGAAGUUCUUGAGCCCAUGGCGGCCAUUGAUCACUCGACAAUUAUGGCCACUAUAUACCUGCAGCUUCCAUGUGUGCGUCCAGUGGCGCCAACAUACAACUAUUGGAAAGCUGACUUCGAUGGCCUCAUUCUAGCUGCCAAUCAGCUUGAUUGGUCUAUGCCACAGGAUUCAUCCGUUGAAACUUGCUGGGCAAACAUUAAAGGGUCAGUGCACUCAUUGUGUGCGCAAUUUGUACCCCUCAAGACUCGGAAAGUUGGACCAAUGAAACCCCAUUGGUUUGACAAAGAGUAUAACCGACUGUCUCGACAACGGCGUCGACUAUGGAAUGCGUUCCUCCUGUCUGGCUCUGCCGAUGACUAUGAGGCAUACAAGCGACAACGAAACUUGUGCAACAGCACAAAGACGCGAAAACGCCGUCAGUUUGAGGAGCAGCUUGCUUGCUCAGCUAAAACUGCCCCGAAGCGCAUAUUUGCGUACGUGAAGCGACGCCUGAAGUCUGCAGGUAAUGUGCCGGUGCUAGUGGGUUCGGACGGACAACCACUAAGUUCAAGCACCGAGCGUGCGUCCGCAUUAGCGGCGCACUUCGCUUCUGUAUUCGCAACUAACCAAACCUGCGCGCCAAGCUCUGCCGUCGCCGCACCGACUGAGCUAACCGACUUGAUCUGCGACGUCGCGGAGGUACAUGGGCUAGUCAGCUGCCUAGACAGCACGAAGCCAGCUGGACCGGAUGGUCUCCAUCCGCUGAUCCUCAAGUCCUUGUCAGCUGUGAUCUCACCUGCUGUAACCGACCUGUUCAACCGAUCCCUGUCCAUAGGCUGCGUGCCUUGUGACUGGAAAUGCGCCGUUGUCAAACCGAUUCCAAAAGGCGGUGACACACGCAAAGUAGAGAAUUACCGCCCUAUUUGUUUGACCGCAGUAUUGUCGAAAGUUCUGGAGAAGAUUGUGAAGAAGAGACUGCUCCAGCUACUGGAGACCAACUCUCUCCUGACGCCUGCACAGCAUGGUUUCGUGAGAGGCCGCUCGUGCAUCACUAACCUGCUGCUAACAUGGCAUGAAUGGUUGCAAGCAGUAAACCAACGUAAGUCAGUCGACGUGGUAUACGUCGAUUUCAGUAAGGCCUUCGACAGAGUGAAUCACGAGAUCCUCCUUCAGAAACUGAGGGAGUGCGGAGUCGGAGGCUCGCUGCACCAAUGGAUCCGUGACUUCUUAGUUGGACGGAAGUGGAGGGUGCAAGUCGACAGCCACCUGACCGACUGGUACCCGUCGACGAGCGGCGUUCCUCAGGGGACGGUGCUUGGCCCCAUUCUCUUCCUGAUUCACAUCAACGACGUGCCCAAUCUCCUUCGGUCGCCGUGUGCCUUGUUCGCGGAUGACCUGAAGCUAUGGAGGGUGAUCCAUACGUCGGACGACUUUGACAUACUUCAGCAGGACCUCGACCACCUCUCCAUGUGGUCCGCCGAAGUAAGUUUGCCUAUCAACUCGGCAAAAUCGCUACUUCUGUGCCUCGGUAAAGGUGGAGCGGGCCGAUCGUACACUCUCGACGGCCAAAUUCUACACCCGAUGCAUUGCGUCAGAGACCUUGGCGUUAUACAUCGUUACGACAUGAAGUCACUGGAAAACACGGACAAUACGUAUCGCACAGCAUUGCGUUCGCUGUGGGCGCUGAAACGUAGCUUCUGCACCUGGUCGAAAGAGAUUGCCACUCGUCUCUUCACAUCCAUUUUACGACCGGUGCUAGAAUACGGCUCACCCGCCUACUGUCCGUUGACGAAAGGCGAGAUACACAAGCUCGAAAGAGUACAACACAUAGCCACACGGCUCAUUCCCGGUCUUCAGGGUGUGCCGUAUGAAGAAAGAUGUAGACAAUUGGGUCUGUAUACUCUAGCAUACCGCCGCGUGCGAGUGGACCUCAUCAUGACCCAUCGGGUAUUGCAUCUGGGUGCUUAUCCGAUGCUGAGGCCAUUGCUCCAUGUCCGUGCGUCAAGCAGCACACGAGGUCACCAGUACAAACUGGUAGUCCCUGACCUCAAGUGGGUAGCUCAUCCUUUGUGUCUUGAGCGGCGAGUGGUGAACAUGUGGAACCGUUUGCCCUCGCGGAUAGUAGAAGCGAACUCGGUGUCGGAAUUCAAACGAUUCCUGGACGCGCACUUUGCGGAUGCCAGAUUCGACGAAGCCUUCACAGGAAACUGACGAAGGAAUCGUUCAAUGAUUAUAACCCAUGGAGCCCGUUAAUCCACCAACUGCAGCUUCCGAAACGAU